GCUGCGACAUUCAGGCCACCACUGUCUCCUCAGCUGCUCGCAUCUGGAUACCCUCAGGUUCAGUUCUGUUUUGAAAAGAAAGAAUUUAUCAGCUUGGCGCCAGCACAGCAGAGAAAAGAGAGCGCAGACUCAUCAGAUCGGACUGAGCAGGACUCUCAGGAUUCCCCUGCAAUGAGUUGGUGGGAGACCAAUUUCUGGAUCAUCUUAGCUGUGGCCAUCAUCAUUGUCUCCGUGGGCCUGGGCCUCAUCCUUUUCUGUGUCUGUAGGUGGCAUCUUAGACAAGGCAAGAAAUGGGAAAUUGCCAAGCCCUUGAAACAGAACAAAACAGAUGAAGAAAAGAUGUAUGAGAAUGUUCACAACGAAUCACCAGUACAAUUACCCCCUCUGCCACCCAGAGGUUUGCUUUCUUCAGAAGUCUCCUCCCCACAGGAAACCCAAAGUCAGCCACCGGCCACCUACUCAUUGGUAAGUAAAGUUAAAAAUAAGCAGACCGUUUCCAUCCCGAGCUACAUUGAGCCUGAAGAUGACUACGACGAUGUGGAGAUGCCUGCAAAUACGGAAAACCAUCAUUUUGAAACAACCAUUUCUUCUUUUUGGCAAGCUGAAGACGGUUCGCACAGCUUAUUUUAAAACGAUCAGAAUGGUUGGACUUCGAUAGGUCUCCAGGUCCCAAAAGCCAGUGGUAAUUUAUGAAGCUCUAUAAGAUAAAGCACUUCCUGAACAUUAUUUGAAGAUACCUUAGCGAUCAGAUGACUGCAGCCAGAGGAAAGAUGCAGAUGUUCAGCUGUGAGGACUAAGAGGGGUCAGCCCUCGUGCUUCUGUUGAGGAAGUGUCCGUGGGGAGGACCACUGGGCUCCACAGCUCCCACCUGCGAGAAAUGACUCAUGUCUGGGAACUCUUUCCCUUUCAUUCCCUUGGUUUGCAUGGUUCUAAGUGAUCUUAAAUCUUGGUGUUUGAUUGCGCAGAGCCUCCCAGGCUUCUAUCCCCAGCCAGGCCCUCGCCAAGCACACUG